AGUCCUGCUAGAGAGAUGGAGAGGCUGUCCAAGGCCCGGAGUAAACUCCUGGAGACUGAGUGCAACCAAACUCCCACCCUUCCUCCAGAAACCCGUGAACAGCUUCGCUAUGUGUCCAAGGAUGGAAAGUGCCGGGUCAAUCUGUGCCACAUUUCUGAGAGGGGCCGCUUCCUGUCUGACAUCUUUACCUCUUUUGUGGACCUGCAGUACCGCUGGUUUCUUUUUGUUUUCAUGAUGUGCUACAUCAGCACGUGGUUCUUGUUUGCUGGUCUCUACUUCUUGAACGCUUCCUUCCGAGGUGACCUAGGACAAGAGCGACCCCUCGGUACCCCUGAAGACCGUCUCAUAGAGCAAAGGCCUUGCUAUUCAGGUGUAGAUGGCUUCAUCUCAGCUCUACUUUUCUCAGUGGAGACGCAGCGCACCAUUGGUUAUGGGUCACGCACUGUGUCUCCAAUAUGCUAUGAGGGUGUGCUGCUGGUUAUGAUGCAGUGCAUUGUUGGGUCCAUGAUAGAUGCACUCAUGGUGGGUUGCAUGUUUGUCAAAAUAUCCCGUCCCAAGAAGCGGGCUGAGACACUUCUUUUCAGUCGCACCUGUGUUAUUGCCAACCGUGAUGACCAGCUGUGUUUGAUGUUCCGUCUGGGGGACCUGAGAGAAAGCCACAUGGUGGAUGCCAAGGUCCGUGCAAAGCUAAUCAAGUCCCGCCAAACAGCCGAGGGUGAGUUCUUGCCACUGGAGCAGACAGAGAUUGAUCUUGGUUAUGAAACUGGGUCGGACCGACUCUUCCUAGUGGAGCCUCAAGUCAUUCAGCACAACAUUGACUCUAACAGUCCACUCUGGGAGCUGGGCCCCGAGCAGCUUAGACGUCAACAGUUUGAGAUCAUCGUUAUCUUGGAAGGAAUUGUUGAGGCUACAGGCAUGAUGUGCCAAGCCAAAACCUCCUAUAUUGAAACAGAGAUUGAGUGGGGCGCUCGCUUCGAACCCUGCAUGACACUGGAGAAGGGCUCGUUCAGAGUAGACCUGCGUCGGUUCCACACCACCUAUCAGGUACCACUGCCCAACUGCAGCGCCAGCCAGGUGCACCUGUUCAUGGCUCUGGCAGAUUUUAAGCUCCAAGACUCCAAAGCCAGCAGAGACUGGGGAACCCAGGCAGAUGGAAUAGCAGAGGAGGACAAAGACAAGGAACCGUCUCAUGGAGGAUUCAUGAUCAAUGACAUUUUGGAGGAGAGAAUGUCUGAGGGCAAUGAAAGUGAAGGGACAGCAGAAUGAAGCUCGCCAAAACAGCAGCUGAUACAAGACAUUCUACACAAGGAUUGAAUGUUGUCUUUUUAGACAUGUAAUACAAUUUAUUGUGAAUGAUUUAUCAGCAUGGAACUUACAUAUGGACCUCACCCUUGGCUACUGUUGUCACACCUGUCAAGCUUUCCAAUCUAGCGCUGCACAUGCAGUUUACGACAACAACACUAACAGAUUUAGCACUCAAAACUCUUUUUAAUCUUUUAGACAAGUACUUGAUUUUGGACAGAGGUAGACAACAGCAGGCUUCUCAGUUCUCGCCAGACACAGUUAACUGCUGAAAUGGCAACUGUCACUGGCAGAUUCAUUAGCUCUAGCUAGCUAGCUAAUAAUGCCAACGCUAGCUCCCUGAGUUGGUUGAAAAUGUUGUCUCUCGUUGACUUUUUAAUAUUUCCAGAUGAGUUGUUUUAAAGUAAGAACCAUGUAAAAUGGGGUUUAUUUAAAUAUGCACUUGAUGGAUGCAUACACAAUAAUUUGCUAGACUGAGGCUAAAGCUGCAUGUUCCAGGAAAAAAGUUAGCAUGCUCACUAGUUGAUGAUCCACGUUUUCACUUUUAACAUUAGAGAAAAGGCUAUAAAGAUGAGCGCUAACCAGUGAGUUUGGGCAGCUAUCUCUGAAACAUUGGGCUGGGGUUGAUGGGAAUGUAAACUUUCCCCAGUCCAGUAUAACAAGGCUGAGCCCCUAGCAUUAGCCUACACUGGACAGCAUCCAGAACCAGCUACCACACAGUUGGAAAUAACAUGUGCAAUUGAUCUUUUUUUUUCUUUUUUACCU